CCAUCACCCUGACUGUCAGGAACUGAAUGGUAAAAGCCCUCUGCACCUGUGUGAGUCAUGUGAUUCAUGCUGUCACCUGGAUGAGACUGACAGUAUGCACUUUGACAGACACCCCCGAUUUGACUUGCAGCCACAAGGUUCCAUCCUGGCACGUAAUGUGUCGACGCGCUCCUGUCCCCCUCGCACCAGCCCACCCUCAGACCUGGAGGAAGACGAGGAAGGAACCAAUGAACGAGGGGAACGUAAGACAGGAGGAAUUAAGCUGAAAGGAAGGGAAGGAAAGAAACCCAGGCGACGCCACACUGAUGAUCCAAGGAAGGAGUGCUUCAGCCUGAAGUUUGACUUAAACAUAGACAUUGACACAGAGAUUGUGCCGGCUGUGAAAAAGAAGACAUUACAAGAGGUGCUCGGGCCAAUUUUUGAGCGCAAGGGUAUUGAAUUAUCCCGAGUGGAUUUAUUCCUGGACCAGUCGAACACUCCACUCUCACUCCACUUUGAGGCAUAUCGUUUUGGAGGACAUGACCUGAAAGUGAAAGCUCGACCAGGUGAUGAGUUGAAGGUGGAACAGGGAAUCAAGGAUUUGCGCUCUCUCAGUCUACCAAACAUGAAGCCAUCAGUAGGGGGCAGUCUGUACAUUCUCACACCCGGCAGUGAGAGGGCCGAGCACGGGUCCCUGCCACGGCGAGAGAGCAUCGACAUACUGGGUCAGGCCCGUCGGAGGAAGAACAUGACUGAGUUUCUGGGCGAUGUCAACAUCCCAUCCCCGGAUACUCUGUCCAUGAUUGGUGGGUCUUUACCAAGCGUAGCUCCUGGAGGUUCUCUGACUGGCGGGGCCGCUGGACCGAAGAACCGUGCCACCAAUCGUUUCAGCGUCUUUUUUGGUGCUGCAUCAUCUGGAAAGGAAGUGGACCGCGUGGAGCUGCUUCAUACUAAGUUACAGGCUUACGCGCAGUUUGGUCUUCCCAAGGUUCCUUCUCAGCUUGCCUUCCACCAGGAUUCCUGGGAGGAAGAAGAGGAGGAGCCGAACCUGACCCUCGAGGACAGCUGGAGGGAGCUCCUGGAGAACCCAGAGAGUUUAAGCAGGCGUCAGUUUCAACAGCAAGAGGCAAUAUGGGAACUUAUCCAAACAGAGGCUACAUACAUCAAUAAACUCAGGGUCAUCACUGAUCUUUUCCUGUGUGGUCUGCUGAAUCUACAGGACAACAGUCUCCUGAGUGAGGUUGAGCCCAUCCGGCUCUUCAGCAACAUCCAGGACCUUGUAUGUCUGCACACUAGGCUGUGGAUCCAGGUCAUGUUUCCGGCGUUGGAGAAAGCUCGAAGCACACAGAGUCUGAUCGAACCCACCGACCUGCAACAGGGUUUCAGUACGUUUGCAUCGAGGUUCCAGCCAUACAUCCGGUACUGUAUGGAGGAGGAGAGCAUUUUGGAAUACAUGCGCUCGCUGCUGAGAGACAACGAACUCUUCAAGAUCUACAUCACGUGGGGAGAAACAAACAAAAAGUGUAAUCGUCUGAAGCUGGCGGACAUGCUAGCCAAACCACACCAGAGACUCACCAAAUACCCUCUGCUCUUGAAGACCAUUCUCAAGAAAACUGACGACCCAACCUCCAAAGAUGCACUCAGCAGCAUGGUGUCGUGUGUGGAAAGCUUCAUCAACAGUGUGGACUCUCAGAUGCGCCAGCGACAGGAGCAGCAGAAACUAGCGGCUAUUUCUGCUCGAGUGGAGUCAUACGAGGCUGUAGAGGGAGCCAGCGAAGAGGUGGAGAGGGCUCUGAAAGAGUUCAGCUGUAUUGACUUGAUGGCGCCCAUGAUUGACACCUCACCAGAAGAGACCAGGCAACUGCACCUGGAGGGGGCGCUCCGCAUGAAAGAGGGCAAAGACAGCAGGAUGGAUGUUUACUGUUUCCUGUUCACUGAUCUGCUGCUGAUCACUAAACCAGUGAAGCGUUUGGAGAAGGUGAAGGUGGUCAGACAGCCCCUCCUCCUCCAUAAUGUUGUGUGCAAAGAGCUUAAAGACACGGGCUCAUUUGUUCUCAUCUACCUCAAUGAGUUCAAGAGUGCUGUGGCCGCCUUUUCAUUCCAGGCCAACAGCGCCACCCAGGGGAAAAGUUGGACUGAUGCAAUCUGCAAUGUGCAGAAUCAACUGCAGCGGCUGCGCUCAGAGGAAGCACGUCGACAGAAGGUCUGUCUGAAGCAGAGGUUAGAGGAAAAGGAAGAUCAGGAGGAAGAUGAGGAGAGCUGUAAAUCUACUGCCAGCUCACCACACCAUAAACACAAAGAUCUGAGUAAUAGCCAAUCAGAUGGGUCCACAGAGACCCUGUCGGUGAUGGACAUGGACGAAUCUGGAUCGUCUCUAGAUCCCUCCAUUUUGAAGGCUGACCCAUGUGGGCCUUCAGACCCUGAUGCUGCUGUCCUCCCUCCCUGUUCAACCAGAUCCCCCACACCCCAUUCUACCAUCCCGCAUGAGGGUGCCAACUUUGAAACCCCUCCAGACAGUGAAGAGUGCUCGGACCUGGACCCACAAUACUGUUCCAUGUCCAUGGACAGCGCCUAUGGGACCCUCUCGCCAGAGUCCAUGGUGGAAACGCAAAGCCGAACAGUCGCAAUGGAAGAUGAAUCCAAGGAGGACAAGUUUGGGACAACAGAAGACGAGGAGCUGAAAUAUGAUGAUGCGGAAGAUAAGAGCUCAUGUGGUUCACAGAACUCAGUGGCGCACGUGUUGAAACCCAGGCGUCGCCCGCACGUCCAGUGCCGUCUGUCAUUUUUGGAGAGACUCGCCUCCAAGUCCCGCUCAGAGGACAACCUACUUUCCAUCGAAUACCGCGGUAACCACAGCAUUGCCAGGGCAGCCACAGAGUGCACAGGAAGUCGCCACUUAUGGGAGCAGAGGGUGAAAUUUUUAGACAGUGCUCCACUCAGCAGGAGCUUGUUGGAACUCAACUCUGCGGAAUCGGACGAUUCUUUACCAAUAGAUGCAGAGACGGACGAAAGCUACAGACUCACGUGCAGUAUGCCAUCAGGCAUGAUUUUGGACACAUUGAGACAAGCCAGAAUAGCACAUGAGCCUGGUAGUAACCAGAUUCCCUGCUAUGCAUUAGAUGGCGAGCUAUCGCCCCCUAGUGGCAUGGAAAAAAUGGGCAGCAGUAAUAGACCCCAGCAGCACAAAAAGCUCACACAGGCACAGCUCUACCGGAUACGCACCACACUGGUGCUCAACUCAACGCUUACAGCCUCGUAA